CUUUACAGUCCCGUGAAACCGCUCACGACCUCCGGAGAAAAAGGCGAGAGAGUACGUGACUCCCCAAACACUCUCCCAAUCCGCGACAAACUAUCAAACAAAGCUUGGUCGUGGGAGGAAGCUACCUCAUCUCCUCCAUUGACGACGCCAUUCACGUACCUUAUUGCAUCUCUCCUCCAUCUCGGCACUCCGACUCAGUGAGUUCCGGGUCUCUCCAUCGCAUCGUUGCGUGCCGCAUUGAACUGAGUUGGAUUCACGUGUUUUCUGCGCAAGUCUCGUCGUCGAUUCUGUCUCUCGCCAUCUUUAAAAACUUUGAUUUCUGAGCAGCUUGGGACUUGAAGAUGGGAGUGGCAUCUAAGAGUUACGACAUGGAAGAGGGAACUCUGGAGAUCGGCAUGGAGUAUAGGACUGUCUCUGGUGUUGCUGGGCCAUUGGUUAUACUCGACAAAGUCAAGGGACCAAAGUAUCAAGAGAUAGUAAAUAUCCGCUUGGGAGAUGGAACGACUAGACGUGGGCAAGUCCUUGAAGUUGAUGGAGAGAAAGCUGUUGUGCAGGUUUUUGAAGGGACUUCUGGGAUUGACAACAAAUACACCACUGUGCAAUUCACUGGUGAGGUUCUGAAAACACCUGUGUCCCUGGAUAUGCUUGGGCGCAUAUUUAAUGGUUCUGGGAAGCCCAUUGAUAAUGGCCCUCCAAUUCUGCCAGAGGCUUACCUAGAUAUUUCUGGAAGUUCUAUAAAUCCCAGUGAAAGAACCUACCCAGAAGAGAUGAUACAAACAGGAAUUUCCACCAUUGAUGUAAUGAAUUCCAUAGCUCGUGGACAGAAGAUCCCACUUUUCUCUGCUGCUGGUCUUCCUCAUAACGAAAUAGCUGCUCAAAUUUGCCGCCAGGCUGGUCUUGUGAAGCGAUUGGAGAAGGCUGAUGGUAUUACCGAGGAUGAUGAAGAGGACAAUUUUGCCAUAGUAUUUGCAGCUAUGGGAGUGAACAUGGAAACUGCACAAUUUUUCAAACGCGACUUUGAGGAAAAUGGGUCAAUGGAGAGAGUGACCCUUUUCCUUAAUCUGGCCAAUGAUCCAACUAUUGAACGCAUCAUCACUCCACGAAUUGCCCUUACAACUGCUGAGUAUCUGGCUUAUGAUUGUGGGAAGCAUGUCCUAGUCAUACUCACAGACAUGAGUUCGUACGCAGAUGCCCUUCGUGAGGUAUCAGCUGCACGAGAGGAAGUACCUGGAAGGCGUGGGUAUCCUGGGUACAUGUACACUGACCUGGCAACGAUUUACGAGCGUGCUGGGCGUAUUGAAGGGCGAAAGGGCUCCAUCACUCAAAUACCUAUUUUGACUAUGCCUAAUGAUGAUAUUACGCAUCCGACUCCAGAUCUUACUGGUUAUAUUACUGAGGGGCAGAUAUAUAUUGACAGACAACUUCACAAUCGACAGAUAUAUCCUCCCAUCAAUGUGCUUCCAUCACUUUCUCGACUGAUGAAAAGUGCAAUAGGCGAGGGAAUGACUCGUAGAGACCAUGCUGAUGUCUCCAACCAGCUAUAUGCAAAUUAUGCAAUUGGGAAAGAUGUUCAAGCUAUGAAAGCUGUGGUUGGAGAAGAAGCUCUGUCUUCUGAGGAUCUGCUUUAUCUGGAGUUCCUUGAAAAGUUCGAGAAGAAAUUUGUGAUGCAGGGGGCCUAUGACACCCGCAAUAUUUAUCAGUCUCUUGACUUGGCAUGGACUUUGCUUCGCAUAUUCCCUCGCGAGCUGCUUCACCGUAUACCAGCAAAGACACUGGACCAAUACUACAACCGUGACUCCUCAAACUGAUCUGAAGGAGCUGCAAGCUUGUCACCAAAAUCAGUUCAUUUCAUCACAUGAUUAGUCUUGAUGCUGCUCACCAGGGCAGUGCCAUCUUUUGUUGGCUUCCCUGAACCAACCCCUGUUUUAAGGAGCAACUUACGAUGGCUCACUAGCUUCUCCAGCCAAAUUCAUCCUUAUAUGCUCCUCCCUUAUACAUAGUCGCGUAGAACUAUAAUUCCUCCCCUAUAUUUUCAGGGCUGUAUUUAUUGAAUGAACUGUUUCGGAUAUUUGUAGAAUGUUGGGAGAGAGAUAUGCUUAUAAUUCAAAUCUGAAUCGCGGAGAGUAGAUACAGAAAAUUUGUACGCAUCUGUUCGAUGUGAACUGCACGUAGAAUUUCUUA